AUGCAUCACUUGGACCCCCAUGAACGCCCUCCAGACGGCAUACGCAAUGUCUACAAGAAGUAUCAAAAGAUGAAGUUGAACGACUUGGAUCUAGAUGGGGACAUCAUUGAUCUAUCAAGCGACGCCUCCGCGUCAUCAAGUGGCCGAGUGCGCGUUGUCAGAGAAUACACCGCAGAAGACUUGACCGCUAUUUUCCAGGCGUUCGCCGGUGAAGAUGGGGUAGAACUUCAAGACACGGAUAUACCAAGAUCGAUACCGGUAUACGAACACGAAGACAUGCCAGGCCUCCACAUCAUCCCCUCACUCCUACCCCCAUCCGUUCAAUCCACACUGCUGUCCCACCUUCUCCACCGCGAUCUCUCUAAUCCAUCUCAUCUCACAAACAUCCAUACCCACUACAAGUUGUCAUAUCCGUCCUCCCAGUCAUCCUUCUUCUCCGUCCCGCCUACUUGCCCUUCACCCAUGGCCCAUCCCCUCGACCCCACAGUUCACAAGCCUCUAUCCAUCCUGCAACUCCUCAACAAGAAACUCCGAUGGACGACUCUAGGCGGCCAGUAUGAUUGGACUGCGAAACGCUACCCCACCACCCCACCUCCAGCUUUCCCUUCAGAUACAAAGAAGCUUUUAGAGUCUCUAUUUACGUCUACGAAAGCUGAAGCCGCGAUUGUAAAUCUCUAUUCACCAGGCGAUACGCUGAGUGUGCAUAGAGAUGUUGCUGAAAGCAGUGGGACGGGUUUAGUUAGCGUGAGUCUGGGAUGUGAUGCCAUCUUCGUUCUUGGAACUUCAGUACCGAAAAAGGGAAAGGAUGGCAAGGAGAAAGAAGAAGGCAGUGAGGAAAAGAUUGUUACGCUGAGGUUGAGAUCAGGAAGCGCAGUAUAUAUGAGCGGAGAGUCGAGGUUUGCAUGGCAUGGUGUUCCGCAGAUAGUAGGGGGCACGUGUCCUGAGUAUUUAAUAGACUGGCCUGCGAGGGCAGAUAGACAAACCUCGCUGUAUGAGGGGUGGAGAGGGUGGAUGCGGAAUAAACGGGUCAACUUGAAUGUACGACAGAUGUGGGAUUGA